AUGAGAUUUUCUAUGUUUAUUUCUGUCCUGCGGUCGCUCGGCCCGGUGGUAAUCGGCAUUUCGCUGGGGUUCACGCUGAGUUUACUCAGCGUUAGCUGGACGGAAGAAGCGUGUCCUCUCGAGGGCACCAAGGAGGGCGAGGAUGUGACUUCGGGUCAGGAUGGUCUGCUCAGGGGAGCCCGAAAGCCCAACUCCGUGUCGGCUGUGAGCGAUGCCGAGUCCCAGGAGGGGUUUGAACCAAGAAUAGUCCCAUACAAACAAGUCCAACCUAGUGCUCCAAAGAAAGUUUUCAGGGCCAAAUACAUAAGCACAGAGCUGGGAAUGCGAGAGCGCCUCUUCGUUGGGGUUCUGACAUCCAAAAACUCCAUCAACACCCUGGGCGUCGCUGUGAAUCGCACCAUAAGCCAUCACUUCGACGCCGUGGCCUUCUUCACCGGCUCGCGCAACCGCAAAGUCCCUCACGGCAUGUUUGUGGUUUCUCACGGAGACGAGCGAUUGAUCUGGAACAUGUUUCAGACCGUCAAGUUUAUUUUUGAUCAUUACAUCAAUGAAUACGACUGGUUCUACUUCGUCCAAGAUGACGCCUACACAGAAGCUGACAGGAUCAAGGCACUGGUGGAGCACCUGAGUGUGGAUCGGGAGCUUUACAUGGGCCGUCCUGAGGAGUUCAUAGGUGGGGAAAUGGAGGGGAAGUACUGCUACGGGGGGUUUGGGUACCUCCUGUCACGCAGCUUGCUCCUACGACUUCAGCCUUUCCUGGAAAACUGCAGGAAUGACAUCCUGAGCUCCAGGCCUGACGAGUGGCUCGGAAGAUGCAUCAUUGACUACACCAGCACAAACUGCAUUAGUGAAUAUGAGGGUCUUGAGUACCACCAUUACGAGCUUGGAAAAAACUCAGAUCCAAGUAAAGAGCAGAAUGAACAGUUCAGGAAAGCUCUAACUGUUCAUCCGGUGUCUGACCCCGAACAAAUGUACCGGCUGCACAGGUACUUCUCUGAGAUUGAACUCCAGAAGACUUACGAUGAGAUCGCUAAGCUGCAGGCAGAGAUUAAAAAUGUUAGCGUGCUUGCUUUCGAAGGCAAUCGAAGCACCCAGUGGCCAGUGGGGGUCAACCCACCUUUUGAGCCCAAAUCCCGGUUUGAAGUUUUGAAGUGGGAAUACUUCACAGAGGAGGAGAUUUAUUCAUGCAUCGAUGGCGCUCCAAAGUGUGAGCUGCACGGCAUUGACAAAAUGGACGUUGCAGAUGUCAUAGACACAGCCAUUGAAGAGCUCAACAAAAAGUACAUGCCCACCUUACAUCUUAAGAAGCAACGACUCAUUAAUGGCUACAGACGCUUCGACCCCACCCGGGGCAUGGAGUACACCUUGGAUCUUCAGGUUGAAGUUGUCAAUCAGAAAGGUCACAGUCGUUCCAUCACAAAGAGAGUCCACCUGGUGCGACCUUUAAGCCUCAUAGAGAUUAUUCCAAUGCCCUAUGUCACUGAAGCCACCAGGGUUCACAUCAUUAUACCCCUUACUGCAGAAGACCGGAGCUAUGUCAACCAUUUAUUGGAAGGAUUCGCUUCCAAUGCCUUCGAGACCAGUGAAAAUGCAGUCCUAACACUUUUGUUCAUUUAUGACCCAGAGGAGGCACAGCAUGUUAAUCACGAUGAUAUUUUUGCUGGUGUGAAAAAUCAGAUCAACGUUUACGAAAGAAAAUACCCAGCAAUAAAAAUCCCAUGGAUAAGUGUCAAGACAGAGAUACCAUCGCAGAUCAAAUUUAUGGACAUUAUUUCAAAGAAGCACCCAGUUGACACCUUGUUCUUCCUAGCCCACGUGAACACAAAUGUCAAUGCUGAAUUUCUGAACCGCUGCCGCAUGAAUUCAAUAAACAAUUGGCAAGUGUUUUUUCCUAUCCAUUUCCAGGAGUACAGCCCUGACGUGGCCUAUCACAACCAGCCAUAUCCAGCCGCUGUUGAUCUGGUAAAGGAUGCAGGACAUUUUGACCGCUGGUCAUUUGACGAAGCAUGCUUUUACAACUCUGACUACAUGGCAACAAGAUCCCAAAUGGUGACAGACAUUCAAGAAAACGAGGACUUACUAGAGAGCUUGGAUAUCUAUGACAUGUUUGUAAAGUAUUCAGGCCUACAUGUAUUCAGGGCAGUAGAGCCAGCUCUACACCAGCAAUACCGCUACCAAUCCUGCAACCCAAAACUGAAUGAAGACAUCUAUCAUAGGUGUAUUCAAAGCAAUAUGGAAGGCAUUGGUUCUCAAUCCCAACUUGCAAUGCUCUUGUUUGAGCAGGAACAAGGAAACAGUACUUGA